AUGCGUCUUCUUGGGGCUACACUCGCUUCGGCGGCCCUAGCAGUUGCUCUACCAUCUGCAUCUCAAACCACUUCUGCCUCUUCCUCCAGCUCGUCCGGUGCCACCGAGCCUUGUGCUGUGGUUAGCCGCAUCCUCGAGAACAGUGAUGCCGAAGUCGUCGCCGCUGAGGCCGCGUACAAGUGUCUGAAGUCCGUUCCAGUAGCCGUCAAGGACGAUGAGGAACUCAUCGACGAGCUGAAGCUCCUCUGGCAGUGGCAUUCCGAGACGGGCUGGCUAAAGAACCCUCCCUCAACCUGGGAACUGGGUCCACUGGACCUCAUCGGCGAACUCGACAAGAUCAAGAAGAACCUCCGCUCCUACGACAGCGAAUAUGAUGUGCAGGCCGCCAUCAAUCGGCUGACCAUCCGGACCGGGAACUACCAUUUCAACUACGAGCCCGACAUCCUGCAGGUCUUUAGCUUUCAGCGCCUGCUGGGCGUGGCUACCGUUUCUGAAGAUGGCACCAGCGUGCCCAAGACUUACGUUUCCUCGGACCUCUUCGCCCACAAGGACGACGGCAGCAUCGAUAUCUCCCCGAUCAAGUCCAUCAAUGGCAAAGAUGUCCAGGAGUUUCUGGAAGAGGUAGCGGACGACUCUCAGUAUAUUAACCCCGAUGCGCGUUACAACAGUCUCACCGACCGGGGCCUGCAGGAUUCUUCGCGGGGCUACUUCGUCGCGCAAGAGGCAUAUCAGGGUGCGUUCACGAACCUCACGUUUGUCAACGGCACCACGCGCAAUAUCAUCAACGUCGCCAAGACGUAUCAGAACUUCACCGGGAUCACCACUGGCAAGGACUUCUUCCAGGCGUUCUGCACGGGCGACAUCAGCAGCUGGGAGGCCGAUUCGGAAAUGAUGAAGAAGGGUCACAACAAGGCCGCUCCGCUCCGCCGCUGGGCGAAGAGACAGACCAUCCCCAGCGACGACUACCCCAAGCCCAUCGUGGAGCACAGCCUGGGUGCCGUGGCCGGCUACUUCCUGUCCGGUCCUGGCUUGUCAGACGUUGCCGUGUUGAAGAUCAUCACUUUCGAUCUUGAGGUGACCGGCUACAGAGAGUUUCAGAAAGUCAUUCGGCAGUUCUUGGAGAGGUGCACGCAGGCCAACAAGAAGAAACUUGUCAUUGAUCUCCGUGAGAAUGGUGGCGGCGAAACGGCCCUGCUUCUGGACGCGUUCAUGCAGCUCUUCCCGGAUAAGGAGCCCUUUAGCGCGCAGAGAUACCGUGCCCAGGACCAAUUCAAGCUCGUCGGCGAGGCCCUCGACGCCAUCCGGGCCAACGAGACUGCGCUGAAGUGGGUGGAGAAGAAUACCGAGCUGGAUAUCGCCUCGGGAUACAGUCUGAGAUACUGGUCAUACUGGAACUUCGUCGAUGCCAACGGCAAAACCUUCUCCUCAUGGGACUCCUUCUACGGGCCUCAUAAGUUUAACGACGACGAGUUCUCAUCGAUCGUGCGAUACAACCUAUCCAACAGUAACCCCAACAGCAUCCUCUCCUCCAACUUCACCUUCACCGAAUCCUCCUCCACCAAAAAAGCGCCCUUCUCGCCCGACAACAUCGUCAUGUUCACCGACGGCCUCUGCGGCUCCUCAUGCGCCUCCUUCCACGAAGAACUCAAGAACAUCGCCGGCAUCAAAGCCGUGACCGUCGGCGGCCGCACCAAACCAGGGCCCAUGCAAACCAUCGGCGGCACCAAGGGCGGCGAAGUAAUCCCUUUCUCCGCCGUCUCCGACGAGAUCCCUCAGCUCCUAAACGCCACCACCCAGCUCGGCAUCGCCCCGGAUCUCGAGUCCCCCUCUAUCCUCCGUCUCCUGGACACCGAGCAGGUCUUCCUCCGGGUCGGCGACUCAUACUCCCGUCUCCAAGUCCAGGAUCAGAUCCGGAAAGGCGACUCCUCGCAGACUCCUUUGCAGUAUAUCUACGAAGCUGCCGACUGCCGCAUCUGGUACACCACUCAGACGCUCCUGAACCCCGAGAAAGCGUGGGCCGCGGCGUGGAAUGCGCAUGUGAACCGCACGAACUGCGUGGCGGGCUCGACGGGGCAUAAUUCCAGUCUGAGUGGUGGGUAUAAGGCCUACGGAGCGGGUGCGUUGCAUGGGGAGAUGGACAAGGGGGAGGACGGCAGUAGUGGUGGUGCUGGUGAGAAGGACAAGGACUCGGAGACGAAUGCUGCGUCGUCGGCUUGGAGGCCGAGUCUUGGGUUGGUUUCGGGGGUGGUGGUUUUGUUGGGGGUUUUGCUUUAG